GAUGGCAGGCGAGAGAUCAAUUCUAGAUAAAGGCAAUAUUUAUCGAUAUCACUAUUUCAAUUAUAUUUAUGUUGACCAAAGUUGCUUCACCCAAUUGUGUCCCUCAAUCCUAUCCCAACCCAAUGGCAAAGAAGCGCAUGUUUUGUUUAGUGCCCAUGUCGUUUUAGAGUAUUAUUGUUUAGAGUAUGAUAGGACUGACAUUCGCUAGGCGUAAAAGCCCCUACAAAUAAAUAAAGAAAGAAAAAAAGUAUUCCAAUUGCUACAUUGAAUCCGAUUAUCCGACCCAAAAGGCUGGCAACGCACUCGCAACUGCUCUUAUAUUCGGGGAGACCAUGAUCAGCGCCGUUUUGCUUACGAUCAGGUAAUCCGGAAGCUCGUUAGCCG